AUGGCUAUUACCAUUACUUCACCAACAAUCAGUAAGUGGUUUUGUAGAAGAAUUGAAGCUCUUUCUUUCAAGGUUUUGACUCUCAUUGGUUGUUGUGCAUUUGAGAAAUUCAUCAAAGUUAUGGAGAGAAUUCUCUUUGCUGUAUUGACUUGUGUUCUAGCACUUGGAGGUUCAAUAAUAGGAACAAUAGGAGGAGCUAUAAAAGGCCAAACCACAGAAGCUGGUUUUCUUGAUGGAGCUUGCAAAGGAGCAAUUGGAGGAGCCAUUGCAACCAUAGAGUUUAUGAGUUUAGCUUCUGAUGGUGAGUCAUUUUCUAAGGUUGCUUUGUUGACAAGUUUAUUAAAUGGAAAAGUGUUUAUGGAAUGGAUAUGUCCAACUGUGGCACAAGCUUAUAUAAAUUCAGUAGAAGCAGGUUAUGGAGGAGUGGUUUCAGAUAUUUAUGACAGCAUGGGAGUUAAAGGGAUGUCACAAACUUGUAUUAUGAAACUCCCAUUUCAUAAAUUUAACUCUUCCGACAAAAUUAUGAAAUUAUACAAUGAAUCAUGCUGCUCAAUUUGCUUCCAGGAUUUUGAGAACGGAGAAUUGGUGAGAAUACUUCCAAAGUGUUGUCACAUUUAUCAUUUAGAAUGCAUUGACAAAUGGCUAGUACAACAAGGAUCGUGUCCUAUUUGUAGAACUUAUAUUCUUCAAUAG